CAUGACCGAAGUCUCCUUGACGAUAGGAUCGGCCUUGUUGGCCUUUGGGCCAUUUCUGUCGCUAUUUGGACUCUUAGUAUAUCAGAAGGCCCAACUUGUGAUCGUAGUAACAACAGCUGCCUUUUUCUUUCUCCUUGCUGCCGUCACCGCGAGUCUCGCUUGGACCAUUUUCCACGCCAUUGGCCUUGGCGGUCCUUUGGCUGCUCUCGUCCCCGGUGUCUUUUUCCAGUUUGCCUUUCGAUGUGGAUUUGUUGCGCUGUACCACAACGUGGAGCAGGUAAUUCAAAAUUCGAUGGAAAAGUCGGACCAACGUCGUCGGGACGUUGCUCAUCCCGAACAGGGGAUCAACAGCACCGACGCACCGAACGCUCGCAUCGAACAAAAUAUUACACAGGAAAGCGACCAAUGGACCGAGGCGACAAAGCUACGACUACAACUAAACGAUGCAAGCUGUGGUGUUGCCGCUGGGGUCGGCUUUGGUGGGAUGCAUGUAAUUAUGCUGUAUGGGACACUUUGGGCUUCUCAAGUCGGUGAUAGUGAGGGCGUGUUGUACCAAGACGCGUGUCCACAGGUUCCAUCGCUGGCAUUAUCUGCGGUAUAUGCAUUCUUGUUCUCUAUUCUUGAUGUUUUCUGGAUGCUUUUUACUUUCUUCGGCAUGCGCCGGCGUCGUAUGUUUCACCGAGGGGCUCAGGGUGAGGAUGAAUACGUAUCUGUUGGUGCAUGGUUUGGAAAUAGUCGAACUGGGGGUAAUUUUGCCUUGUUACUAUGUCUGGUCACUCAUUCUUUUGCAGCUGUCUUCACCACUGCGGAUUAUUUCAACCACGGAUGUUUAAUAUCUAUUCCUUUGACCUCGGGCAUGGUCUUUGUGACAGCGUAUCUGUUUUGGGCCGGGGUGGGUCGUAUCUACAUGCCCCCUUCUCAAAUUGCCAUGGUGCAUGGAGAAGCCCCAGCGGUAUCCUUUCACGAGGAUUAGAGGUGCUUUCAGGAUUUGUAACUUCUUUUGAAGACUAAGGAUAAGUCUAUUAUUCGCUGUAC